AUGAAUGAAUAAUCAAGACCAUCACUUUCUUUAUAUUUUUUGUGGAAUUCCUUUUUCCAUUAACCAAAGAAGUAUUUUAAAAGGAAACUUCCUAAUAGAUUAGCUUCAGAUGUGCAAUAUGUUUCAGAAAAUUUCUCAAACACUUAUUUCCACUUAUCAACAACUAUAUUGUAAACUUUAAAAUAUGAAUUCUUACUCUUUCUAUCUAAAAUUCCUUUUGUAAAUACACUCAUGAAAAACACAACCAUUGCUGCAUGCAGACCCCACAUAUUUCUAGGCAUUCCAACAUCAAGAGAUAGGAAAACAAUUUUAUUUAUACCAUUUUCUGCUAAUUUCUAUAAAAAUGAUGGCAAUAUUCCUACUAAUUGCUUAGGAUUUUCUAUAAUACGCUCUUUGAUUUAUGUUUUAGCAUCAAAAUUUAAUAAAUUUGUAAAGGGAAUCCAUUUCACCAUUUCAAUAUUUCCUUAUUUAAAUUUAAGCUAUUCUGUUCUAGCUGUAUUUAGAACUACAAAUAUAUGUGCUCUACUGUAUACUUCUCUUUAUAUUUGUUCGCUCUAUCUUGACUCUAUUCUUCCUGUGUAAAAAUUUUUAGGGAGAGCUCCUAAAUAGAGUGUAGAACACCCAUAAUCUUGUAGAUCUAAACCACUAUCAUCACGAAUUGAACGAAAAACUGCCUGUAAAUCAUCCUGCCUUUUACCUUCACAUUUACCUCCUAAAAAACGAACUUGUUGGGAAUACAUAUCUGUAGUGGAAAUAGAACUAACUGAGCGUUAAGCUACCAUCAAGUCAUAUUUAAUUUGA